CCACUACUCCAUGCAGCCGAGUCAAUGCGCGCGGAGACAGAAAAAAGGCGCGCAACCAACACACAGCGCGCCCUCACACGCCAUAUAUACCGCUCCGCCUCCGCUCUGCUCGGCUGAGUUGCGACUGCGAGAGAGAAGCUAGCUGGUAGGAGGAGCUAGGAUCGAAUCGGAUCGACCGGCAUGGGGAGGUCGCCGUGCUGCGAGAAGGAGCACACCAACAAGGGGGCGUGGACCAAGGAGGAGGACCAGCGGCUGAUCGCCUACAUCAGGGCCAACGGCGAGGGCUGCUGGCGCUCGCUGCCCAAGGCGGCGGGCCUGCUGCGCUGCGGCAAGAGCUGCCGCCUCCGCUGGAUGAACUACCUCCGCCCCGACCUCAAGCGCGGCAACUUCACCGACGACGAGGACGAGCUCAUCAUCCGCCUCCACAGCCUACUCGGCAACAAGUGGUCUCUCAUCGCCGGCCAGCUGCCGGGCAGGACGGACAACGAGAUCAAGAACUACUGGAACACGCACAUCAAGCGCAAGCUCCUCUCCCGCGGCAUGGACCCGCACACGCACCGCCCGCUCACGGCCGUCAUCGACGCCGCCGCGCCGACCCGCCCGGCACAGAUAGCCGUGCCGGCGAGGGCGGCGCCCACCACGAUGUUCGCCCUGCCAACCAAACAGCAGCAGCCGCCGGUGCCGGUCGAGUCGUCGGACGACGACGGCAGCAGCGGCGCGACGAGCACCGGGGAGCCACGGUGCCCCGACCUCAACCUCGACCUGUCCGUGGGCCCGCCGGCGGCCGACACGCCGACGUCGCACCCGGUCUGCCUCUGCCGCCACCUCGGCUUCCGCGGCGGGGAGGCGUGCAGCUGCCGGCAGGCCGACAGCGCGGGCUCCCAGGGCGGCGGCUUUAGAUAUUUCAGGCCGUUGGAGGAGGGCCAGUACAUAUGAGAGACGACGGGACGGCUAGGCCCUAGAACUCCACAGCAAUUUGUAAGACAGGGAAAUUUUUCUACUUACUCCUCCUCCAGUCCACAGCACCUAGCGCUGCUGGCUGGCUCACAAAACGGUGAAAACAAAAUCUAAUCUGUUCAUAUCCUUCCUUGUACGCCAAAA